CACACAAGUUCUUUACGAACCGAAGUGACCCCGCAUUAACACCAUGAAAGCAUUCGUAGCGUGCAUAGCCGUGGCCUUGGUGGCGUGUGCCAGCGCCGAGCCCCCAUCGGGCUACAACUACAACCGCCCCUCAGGAGGCGGCGGCGGCGGCUUCCACGGCGGCUCCGGCCUCAGCGGCGGUGGCUCCUACCGCGCCGUGUCCUCCGGCUACCAAACCUCCGAGGGACAGAACGUCGACGCCGCCCUCUUGGAACAAAUCCGUCAGAUCCUCCUUAAAGAAGAAUCUUCCUCCAGCUCCUCAGGAAUCGGCAUCAGCGCUCCUUCCUCCUCAUACGGCGUCCCCUCCUCCUCCUACGGCGUUCCUUCCUCCUCCUACGGUGUGCCCCAUGGAGGCGGCCGCGUUGUAGGCAUCAACCUUGAGGGUAUCCGUCAGGCUAUCCAGGUCGCCCAAUACGAGCAGUCCGCCUCCGGCGGUGGCUACCCGUCCGGCCCAUCCUCCUCCUACGGCACUCCUUCCGGAAGCUACGGAGCUCCCUACUAAACCAGCCCGAUGAACCAAAACGCUCUGAGCGUCGAUAUUCGGGCGUCGUAACAUCUGAUGGCUCGAAUGUAAAUAAUGUUUGGACGUCAGCCACGUACAAUGUAGGUGGCGGCGCCCUGCCGUCCACACCUGGCCAACGCUUGCGACUAUGCACGCUUACGGGUUACCCAGCGGUCAGCCAGUCGUAACGCUGUCAGCUCUGACAGAUGGCACUUGUCACGUCAAACGUCAUCUGUCAGUCUGCCAGAACGCAGAACGAAGUGGCUCACCGCUGGGAACGACUCUUGUUUUGUAUAAAGUAUAUUUUUAAGGAUAGUUUAAUUUAUGUUUAAGUUUGUUUUUUUUUAUUUUUUCAAAAAAAAUAAAUACAUUUUGACACCGUAA